AUUAUUCCUUUCUACCCUAAAUUUUUCUCACUAAAAUCCCAACUUCAACUUUAUUCAAUUCUCUCAAAUCCCCCACAGACAGCAGCCAUGGCGAUCGAAACACUCCCAACCGCGCCACCACCGCAAAAACCCAGAUGGGGCGAGUUAGAAGAAGAAGAUGACGGAACCGAUUACGAUUUCUUGUUGCCACCCAAGCAGAUAAUCGGGCCAGACGAACACGGGAUAAAGAAAGUGGUGGAAUAUAAGUUUAAUGAUGAAGGAAACAGGGUCAAGACUACAACCACCACGCGCGUUAGGAAACUAGCUAACGCGCGUUUGAGCAAACGCGCUGUAGAAAGAAGGUCUUGGAGUAAGUUUGGUGAUGCUGUUCAUGAAGAUGUUGGUGCUAGGUUGACUAUGGUUUCCACUGAAGAAAUUAUCUUGGAAAGGCCUAAAGCCGCUGGUUCCAAAACCGAAGACACGAAUGCAUCCGGAGAUCCAUUAGCAAAAAGUGGAGCCGUUCUCAUGGUAUGUAGGACGUGUGGAAAGAAAGGUGAACAUUGGACCUCAAAGUGCCCCUACAAAGAUCUUGCACAGCCAAGUGAAACAUUUGUCGAGAAUCCUAGCUCUGCAGAUUCAGCUCCCCCUGGAGCUUCAGGGCCCACCAAAGGAGCAUAUGUCCCACCCACCCUGCGUCCUGGUGCAGCAAGAACCACUGCUGGUUCUGACAUGAGACGUAGGAAUGACGAGAACUCUGUUAGGGUCAAUAACCUUUCAGAGGACACCCGAGAGCCCGACUUGAUGGAGCUGUUCCGUCCAUUUGGUAGCAUAUCUCGUGUUUAUGUUGCAAUGGAUCAGAAAACCGGAACGAGCCGAGGGUUUGGGUUUGUCAAUUUUGUGAGGAGGGAAGAGGGAGAGAGAGCGAUUGCUAAACUCAAUGGGUAUGGAUAUGAUAACCUUAUCUUGAAUGUUGAAUGGGCUGCUCCCAGGGCAAAUUAGUCUUUUUGGCCGGAAUUUGAGACUCGGGCUUGUGCUUUUAAGAGUUGUUUGUGUGUAAGCAAAGACUUGUUGAAAAUGUCUUGUUAAAUUUAUCAUGCAUAAUUUAACUUUACUAGAUGUGUGUUAUUGGUACAAAUUAUGGUGUUCCCUGUUA